AUGAGAAUGGAUUACCAUGAUAAAAGUAAUUAUUAUACGAAUAUAAAAGAGCCUUUUUGCAUAAUUAAAAAGAAAGAUUUAAGCAUAAAUUUAAGUAAGCAAAAUAAUACAAAUGUUUUAUUAAAUGCUAAUGAAAAUCCAAUAAAUUACGAAUAUGAAGAAUGCAAUGAAAGUAGCAUAAAUCUAAAUUAUCAAAGAAACAGUAGUAAUAUCGAUGCUAGUCAUAUUGAUAGCUUGAAUUAUAAUGUUAAUUCAAAUAUUAGUAAAACAAAUAAUAAAAUAAUUAACUACGAAGAACGCAACAGUAAGGAUAAUCAUCUGAAUAGUGAAAUUAUUAAUAACAACAUAAAAAAUCAUUUGAAGAAUGGUUUAAAUAAUUGUGAUAAUAUUUUGUUAGAAAGUACAUCAUGCAAUUAUUUUAGUAAUAGCAAUGAAAAUAAUAAUUUGAAUUAUCAAGAUAAUCACAUAAUACUUAAAAACAACAAGAAAAGUAGUGAAUAUAUAAAUAAAUUAGAUAUAAAUAUGAAAGAAAAUAUAUGUAAGAUUGAAAAUAUAUCACUUAUACAAGAAGAUGAUAGAAAUAUAAAAAAUGAUAAAAAUUAUAGUAGAAGGAAUAAUUCAAAAAAUUUGAAAAAUAAACCUUAUGCAAAUCAAUUUGAUGAAGGACAACCCCUGAAUGUAUCAGUCGAAAUAUUACAAAAAAAAAAUAUCUAUACAAAUGAUAAAGAACCCAUUAGUUAUGAUUAUGAAAAAACUAGUAAAAACAAAGAAAAUUAUGAAAAAAUUAAUCAAGAUUAUAGUGAAAAUGUAACAAACAAUUCAAAUAGCAUAAGGGAUGAUAAAAAUAUGAAUUCUGUAUAUACAGAAUUAAAUAAUGUGAGUAACUCUAAUUCAUUCAUUAAUUUUAAAACUGUUCAAAAUAUAAAUAAAAUUAGUAAUGGAAAAAAUUGUUCUUAUGAUAAAAACGUAAGCAUAAAUGUUAACAGUAACAAUUCUAUAAAUGAAAAUAAUCCAACUUUAUUAAAUAAUAAACAUGAUACUGAUAAACUUAUUUGUAAUAAUAUUAAAAUUUCAAAUAGUAUAUAUGAAAUUAUAAAAAGAGAUUUAAAAAACAAUAAUUUGGGUAUUAAUUGUUAUAAUGAAGAUAAUAAUACCAAUAACAAUAAACCUAUUAGUAACAAAGAUCAUGAUAAUAAAAAAAAUAACAGGGACAAUAAUAACAACAAAAAUAACAAUAGUAACAGUAAUAACAACAAAAAUAACAACAGCAAUAAUAAUAACAAAAAUAACAACAAAAAUAACAACAGCAAUAAUAAUAAUAAUAACAAAAAUAACAAUAGCAAUAAUAAUAACAAUAACAAAAAUAACAAUAGCAAUAAUAAUAAUAAUAACAAAAAUAACAAUAGCAAUAAUAAUAACAAUAACAACAAUAAUAAUAAUAACAAAAAUAACAACAACAACAACAACAAUAAUAAUAAUAAUAAUAAUAAUAAUAAUAAUAAUAAUAAUAAUAAUAAUAAUAAUAAUAAUAAUAAUAAUAAUAAUAAUAAUAAUAAUAAUGAUAAUAAUAAGGAAAAUAAUGAUAAUGAUAAUAAUAAUGAUAAUGAUAAUAAUGAAAAUAAUAAUAAUAAUGAUAAUGAUAACAAUGAAAAUAGUAAUAAAAAUGAAAAUAAUAAUAAUGAAAAUAGUAAUAAAAAUGAAAAUAAUAAUAAUAAUGAUAAUGAUAAUAAUGAAAAUAGUAAUAAAAAUGAAAAUAAUAAUAAUGAAAAUAGUAAUAAAAAUGAAAAUAAUAAUAAUAAUGAUAAUAAUGAAAAUAGUAAUAAUAAUGAUAAGAAUAAUAAUGCUAAUAAUAAUAAUAAUAAUGAUAAUAAUAACAAAAAUAAUAAUAAUAAUAAUAAUAACAAAAAUAACAAUAGCAAUAAUAAUAAUAAUAAUAAUAGAGAUAAUAAUAAAAAUAAAGAUAAUGACAAUAAUAAAGAUAAUAAUAAUAAAGAUGACAAUAAUAAAGGCAAUAAUAAUAAUAAAAACGAUGAAAGUAAUAAAGAUAAUAAUAAUAAAGAUGACAAUAAUAAAGACAAUAAUAAUAAUAAAAACGAUGAAAGUAAUAAGGACAAUGAUAAUAAUAAAGAUAAUAACACUAUAAUUAUUGAUGAUAAGAAAAAGAGAAAUAUUAUUGAUAUAAUUAACAAUAGGAAUAAUACUAGUAUUAAUAAUAAUGUUAAUAAUAGUAAUAAUAAUAUGAGUAAUAGUGUGAUUCAUGAUAUGAAUAAUAAUAAUGCUCCUAUUAAUAGAAAUUAUAUAAAUAACAAUAAUGGGAAUAUUAAUGAUAGCAAUGAAAUUAAUAAUAAUAAUAAUGUUGCUUUUGUUAAUGAUAUUAUUGGAAAGUAUAAUAAUAUAAAUAAUUACAAAACUAUAAAUUCGAUAAAUAAAAUUAAUGAAACAUAUAACAUAAAUAACAAAAUACAUGCAAAAUAUAUAAACGAUUUUGAUAAUAAUGAAAACAUUAUUAAUUUAGAUGAAAAUGUGAACAAUUAUAAUACAGAUAACAUGGAAAUGAAAGCAUUUAAUAACUUUAAUAGAUUAAAUAGUUUUAAUAAUAUAAAUAAUGUAAAUAAUAUAAAUAAUUAUAAUAAUAUGAGUAAUUUUAAUAAUAUGAAUAAUUUUAAUAAUAUGAAUAAUUUUAAUAAUAUAAAUAAUUUUAGUAAUAUGAAUAAUAUAAAUAAUAUAGGUGAUUCAAGUAAUACUGGUAAGUUUUUUAAUUUAAACAAUAAUGAAAUUUUUAAUAUAUAUAAUAAUAAUUUUAAUUUAAAUAAUUCUAUUAAUAUAGAAAAUACGAAUUCAAGAUUUAAUCCUAAUCAAAAUAUAAAUAAACUAAAUCUGAAAAAAGCUACUCAACAAGAAACCACUGUUUUAGAAUAUGGUUUUAAUCAAAAUAAUAUUUAUGAAAAUAAUUAUUUAGAAGAAAGUAUGAAGAGUCAUGUAGAUAUAAACAGUAUAAAUGAAAGUUAUAUGAAUUACAACAACAGUCUCCAUAACAAUGAUAUUUUUUAUAAUGAUUAUAAUGAAAAAAAUUAUGUAAAUAAUAUACAAAUGAAUAAAUUUCAUGAAGAAAAAAAAAAUAACUUUAUAUUUUUAAAUAGUAGUUUGAAUCAAAAAUAUGAGGAGGAGAAAAUUUCUCAAAAAAGUUGUAUUAAUUAUGAGACUACUAAUCAGACAAAUAUAAAAUUAAAUGAAUUAAAUGCACAAGAAAAUGAUAAUUUAAAUUUUAUGAUAAGAAAUGAUUUUAACAAUGAUAAAGAAAAUUUAAAGGAUUUAAAAAAAAGUGUAGAUAAUAAUUACACAGAAGGAACUACAAAUAACAAGGACACAGUGAAUUUAUGUAAACAGAAUGAUAAAAUGAAUUUAGUAACAAAAGAUAAUAUAAAAAAUGAAAAGCAAAUUAAUGAAAAUUUAGAGGAUAGUUUAAAUUAUAAUGAAGCAAGUACAUUAAAUUUAUUAAAUAUUGCAUUUAAUGAAAUAUGUUAUGAUAAAAAAAAUUUAAUGAAUAAAAUUAUUACAAAGAAAUUUAAACAUAAAUUAUCGAGCAUUUUAAAUAAUAUAAAUACAUUCAAUAUUAAAAUAAAAGGAAAACAAUUAAAAAACUUAAUAUUAAAUAAGAAGGGAUCCAACAAAAAUAAGAUUGAUGAAGAUAAAGAAAAAGAUAAAGAAGCAAGUGUUAAUACCAAUACAUUUAAUAAUGUUAAUGAUGUGAAGCAGGAUUUUUACUAUCUAAAUAAAAAUAUAAAAAAAGAAAAUGAAAGUAAUUUAUAUGUUGAUAAAUUAGUUCAAUUCAAAACAUGUGAUGAAAAACUAAAAAUAAACAACGAUGAAAUUUCAGAAAAAUCUUUCGAAGUGAAAAAUAUGGAAUAUAAAGAUAAAGAAAAAAAUAUUUAUAUAAAUGAAGUAAAAGAGGAAAAAGAAUUGAAGUUAGAAAAAGAAAUAGAGAAAGAGCAAGAACAAAAGAAAAAAAAGAAAAAUAAGAAAAAUGAGAAGAAUUCUUGUUUUAAGGAUGUUGUAUUAAAUGAUAUUGAUAAUUCUUUGGAUAAAAUUAAUUUAAAUUAUAAAAAAGAAAUGAAAGAAAAAAUAAAUGAAAAUAUCUUGAGUAUGCAAAAUGAAGAUUUAGUAGAGAAUCAAUGUAGUGAUAGUUCCUCAUUAAAAGGUAAAAGUUUCAUUAGUGAAAAACAUGGUAAAACUAUUAAAGAUAUUAAUGAGUUAAUUAAAGUAGAAAAUUGUGAUCAAAAAAAAAAAAAUGAACUAAAAGAAAAUGAGAACAGUUUAGAAAAUAAAAAAAAUGAUUUGAAAAAAAGUGAUUAUAAAAAUGAAAAUGACAUAAUACAAAAAAAUAUAGUAAAUGAACCUUGUAAUGAAAAAAGAAAUAUGGAAGAAAAAAAAAGUGAAAAUGAUAGUAUUAAUAGAGAUAAUAAUGUUUAUGAUGAUAAUUUUGAUGAAAAUUCAAGUACUAGUGAUUAUUAUAAUGAAGAUUUAAAUGAAGAAGAUAGUGAUAAUGAUGAAAAUGAUGAGAAUAAAUAUAUAACUGGAAUUAAUGAUAGAUAUAAAGAAACCAUAAUAGACGAUGAUGUGAAAAUCAGAAGAGACUUAGUAUUUUUUAAUUUAUUGAAAAUUAUUAUUAAAAAAAAAACAUCAGAAGAUAUGUUAAUAUAUUUAAAUUUAUUGAAUGGAGUUAAUGUUGCAAAAAUAUUUGAUCAUUUUGCACAAUUAUCAUGUGAUGUUUUCAACACUUUGUUAAAUUUUAUUGAAUUAAUGAAAGAUUCUUCAACUUAUCGAUUAUUACUCAAAAAUUUAGGUGCAUGGAUAGGUAUCAUAACAUUGGGUAGAAAUAAGCCAUUAAUGUCAAAAUAUAUGAACAUUAAGCAGUUAAUUUUAUAUUCAUAUGAUAAUGGAUACUUGAUAGUCACUUUACCAGCUGUGUGCAAAAUUUUAGAAAGUGUUAAAAAUUCAAAAAUUUUCAAACCUCCUAAUCCCUGGACGGUUGGAAUUUUAAAUUUAUUAGGAGAAUUACAUGAAGCUCAAUCGUUAAAAACAAUUUUAGUUUUUGAAAUAGAAAUUUUAUUUAAUUAUUUUAAAACGAAUGUAUUUGAUUAUUAUAAUAAAUGCAAUAUUAUAAAGUGUCGAAAUUUACCAAUUAAUUCUAAUGAUUUAUUUAUUAGAAACAACAUAAAUGAGAAUUCUAAUAUGAAUGUGAACUAUAUGAAUGAAAACAAUUCGAAUAAAAUUAACAUAUAUAACAAAUCCUGUAAUUCUUGUACAAAUUAUUACAAUGAAAAUUUCAUACUUAAAAAUGAUAAAGUCAAUAGAGGUGUUUUAAUCAAUAAAGAUAUAAGAUUCAAUAUGUUAAAUAAUUAUAACACUACUUCUACUACAACUAAUAACAAUGAAUUUAUUAAUUAUAAAAACGUUAACCCCAAUUUAUUAAAUAAAAGUAGAAAAAAUGAAGAUAUGAAAGAUUCUAAUAACUUAAAUAGUAAUUGUAUUAGCAUGGAUAACAUAAAUAUAAUGAAUAAUAUGAAUCAAAUGAAUAAUAUGAAUGUAAUAAAUAACAAUAGAAAUAUUAAUAACGUUAUUGGUAACCCAUCCACAGAUCUAUUAAUGAUAAAAAAUAAUUUGAGUAAUAAUAAUAGUAAUAACAAUAAUAGUGUAUAUGUUAAUUCUAAUUUAACAUCAUCUCUUUCUAAAAAUUUAAAAAAUUUAGAAGGUUAUAAGUCUGUGAACAAAAACAAUAUCAACAGUGAAUCUCUUUUGAAAAAAAAUGCUCAAAAAAAAAUACCAAGUAAUAAUAUUAACGAAAAUCAAUCAGUAUCCAUUUAUAUGAAUGAUGCUAAUUAUAAUACUAUGUAUGCAAAAAACAAUUCAUUAAAUAAUAUAGAAGUAUAUACAACCGAAAAUAAUAUAUACAAUAUACAAAAUAAAAAUCCAUCAUUACCCACUAUGCUAAAUAAUGAAAGUUUAUGUAAAAGUAGUAAUAACAACAGUAAUGAAGAUUUAUUAAUGAAAGAUUUAAAAUCUACUGCAAAAAAAAAAGAGAAAAUUAAUGAAUUAGAAUUUAAAAAUAAUUUAUUUAAGAACCCUAAUUACUGUUCAAAUAAAAAUAAAUAUACAUUAAAUAAAAAUGAUACAUGUUACAGAAUGAUUGAUACUAAGAAUGGAAAGAGUACAACAAAAAAUGAAAAUUUUGAUAAUCUAAAAAAAGAAACAUAUCCUUCAUCAGGUAAUUUAAUUGUAAAAAAUAAUUAUGUAGAUGCUUCAAACCUAAAAAAUGUUCCUUAUAAUAAUUCAGAAAAAUUAAAGAUGAAUGAAUGCACUAAUAAUAAGAAUGUAUCAUCAUCAUCAUAUACAACAAAUAACGACUUAAAUUUAAAAAAUCAAGUAGUUUAUCACGAUAAUGCUAGUAAUAACAAAUUUAUUGAACCUUUAAAUGAUGAAAUAUUAAAUAUAUUAAAAAAAAAUAUAGUAUUUUCUCCUAAUAUUGCAUUAUUUAAAUUAAACCCCAAGUAUAAAGCAUUAAUAUAUUUAUCAUUUGAUUCUGCAAUUAAAGAAAUAAUUGCAUCUGUUGUAGAUAGGUUUGUUUUAAUUGGUUGUAUUACAACAAGAGAAUUAGUGAAAAAAGAUUUUGCCAAUGAAUCAAAAGAAACAAUUUUACAUAAAGCAUCUUUGUUAAUGGCAACAAGUAUAUCUUCUUCGCUUGUUUUAGUUUCUUGUAAAAAACCACUAAAAAAUAUUUUAGUUCAAAAUUUAAGAAAUGUAAUUGAGCAAAAUUGUUCUGAACGAAACAGCGCUAUUAUUGAUGAUAUUAUAAAAACUUUGAUUAAUGAUAAUAUAAAUUUAAUUUAUUUAAUAAUAGAACAAGUAGCUAUAGAAAAGUCCUCUAUUGAAAUUGAAGAAAUUAUGAAACCAAUUUAUGCUUCCAGAAAAUAUGCACGCAUUCAUAAGUUAAAUAUAAAAGAUAAUUCAACUAAUAAAUAUUAUAAUGCCUUACCUGUAUUUUUAAAAGCACACAAUAUAACAUUAAAACAUAUUCAAGUGUAUAAAAAUUUUAUGAAUUUAAAAAUUUUUAAAAAAUUGCAACAGAAAUUAUGUUUUUCUAAUUUAAAUGAUCAAGAUAAUUUAACAAAUGAUAAUGACAAUGUAAGUUUAAACUAUCAAAAUAGUAAAAGUAAUGAAAAUAUAUUGAGUGAUAAUUCGUGCAGCAUGUUUUAUAAUAAAAACUUUGUAUCUAAUCCAUUAGACGGAAAAAAUUAUGAAAUUAAUGAUUACAAAGAACAAGAAAAUGAAUUUAAAGAUGCUUUAACAAAAACGAGAAGAGAAGAAUCUAAAGAGGAUAAUGAUAAAAAUAUGUAUAUGGAUGAAAAAUAUUACAAUGAAAAUAAUGAAGAUGAAGAUAAUAACACUGAUAUUUCUCAUCAAAAAAAUGUUCCUAAUUUAAAUUAUGCGAGUAAUGGAGUAAAAUUUAUGCCAUACAAAAAUAAUAGUAUAAAAGAAAAUCCAAAUUUGAUUUUAGGCAAUAUGAAUAACAAUAAUUCAAAUUUUCUAAGUAAUUUAAAUUUAUAUAACAGUUCUAAUAAUAAUUAUAUAUAUAAAAAUGCAAAUAAUUUUAACUGCAACAAUUCUGAUUAUAAUUUUAAUACAAAUAGUUACACGAAUAUAGAUAAUAUGAAUAGUUGUGCUAAUACUCAGAUAAAUAAUUAUGUAAAAAAUUAUGUUGAUAAUUGUAAUAAUUUUAAUGAAAUAGAUAGCAGUAACAGUCAAGGAAUAAUCACUUAUGAAGAAAAACUAAACAGUAAUAAUACAAUUAAUAAUGCUACAUAUAUUAAUAAAAAUUCUAAUAGUAAUAAUAUAAAUAAUAAUGUUAAUAUUAAUAAUUACACUAGUUUUAAUUACCUUAAUAAUGAUAAUACUAAUAAUUCAUGCAAUUCUAUUAAUGCUAAAUAUAUGAAAAAUAUGAAAAAUUUAAAUAUAAAAAGUAACAUGAAAAAUUCUUCAUGUAAUGAACAAAUUAAUAACACAUAUGCAUAUAACAAUAUUGUGAAUAAUAAUGAUAUGAAAAAAAAUAAUGUAAUAUAUAAAAAUAUGAUAAAUAAUGAUAUUGUAAAUAAUAAUCAUAUAAUAAAUAGAAGUAUUAUAAAUAAUGACAUUCAUAAUAAGAACAAUAUGGUUAAUAAAAAUAUGAUAAUGUAUAUUGAUGAAGGAACAAAUAAUAACAGUAAUAUGGAUAAUAAUAAUGAUACAAAACAUAAUGAUUUAAAUACGUCUCCCUUUAAUAAAACAGAGUAUAAUGAAAAUUUAAAUAUGAGUGUAAAGAAAAUUAAGAAUAUUGACUUAUUAUGCAAAAAAAAAUAUCUAUUUUUUAUUUCGGAAAUAUUUUUAAAAGAAAACAUGAAAAAAAUAAACUUAAAAGAAUCAAUAUCUCUUUUUGAAUUUUGUAUGUUAAGUAUUAAAGAAUAUGUUAAGUAUAUUUUGACAUUUCCUCCAAUAAUACCAACAAUAAAUACCUUUGAUAAUUAUUGCAAUAUUAAAACACCAUUUUUUAAAUUUGAAAAAAUCACAGUAGCAGAAAUACCUUCUCUUUUAUUAAUAUCAUGCUUGUCAACAAAUCACGAAAUAUUUGUAUUUUGUAAAAUUAUUAUUCUUAUAUGUGAAAAAUCAUCCAAUAAAGAUGAUGUUUAUAAAAUAAUAGGAACGAAAUUAUAUAAAUAUAUACAAGAAAUUAUUAAGCAAAAUAAUUUAAAUUAUUCUAAUAAUAUUGAAAACACUCUCAUUGCAAAUAAUGUUGAAGACUCUGAUAUUAAAAAUAAUUCACUCAAUUAUAACAAAUUGAUGAAUUUAAAUACAGAUAAUAAGAUCACUAAUGAUGAUAAUAAUAUGAAUAGAGGAAUUAAUGAAGAAAGUAUUCUUUUGGAAAUACAAUUAUGUAUAUUAGAAAUGUUAUGUAAAAAAAAUAAAGAACUAAAAAAAUUAAUAACUUCGUAUAUACUGAAUUCUCCAUAUCAUAAUGUGAAUCAUAUUUCAUUAUUUAUACGUUACAAUAUUAUUCAUUAUAAAAAUUUAGAUAAAUGUAUGUCAAAAUAUUUGAAGAACUAUAAUAAUAUGAACAUUAUAGAUUUUUGCACACAACUGAUUUAUAAUUUAGUAAUUCAGAAAAAGUAUUUAAAACCCGAAUAUUUGAAAAAAUCUGUGAAAAAGUUAAUUAAAAUAGAUUCAAUUUUAUCUAACGAUAACCAGCACAUUUCGUCUGUAGAAAAAAUGAAAUUAAAAAAAGUUAAAGAUAAUUUAACAGAAAUGAUUAAAGGAAUUAAAAAGGAAAAAAGAAAAAAAAAUCAAAAUGAAGAACCAGUAAAGAUUUUAAGAACUCUAACGGAAUACAUAUACUCUUCUAAAUAUUAUAAUAACAAGAAAAAAAAAAAUAAAAAUGAUUUGGAAAACGAAAAGGAAAUUAAAAAAAAAGUAGAAAAUAAAGUAGAUAAAAUAGAAGGGGAAAAAAAAGAAGAUAAAAAUAAAAUAAAAGAAAUAAAAAAAGAAAAAGAAAAAGAAAAGGAAAAGGAAAAUAAAAAGAAAAAAAAUCUAGAAAAUGAAACAGAUAAAGAAGAAAAAAUUAGUAAAACAAAAGCGAAAAAUAAUUAUUCGGAAAAAAAAGAUACUUUAAAUAAUGAUGAAGAAACCUAUCAGAAUGAUAGUGAUAAUAAUAAAUAUAUAAAAACGUUCUCACCUAAUUUAAUUGAAAAUAAUAACGAGUCAUUUUUAUUAAAUAAUAUAAAAAUUCAGUAUGAUAAUAAUAAUGUUGAUGAAAAUACUAUGUUUUUACUAGAAAAAUUGAGUUAUGAAAAUAAAGCAUUUAACACCGAAGAGAUAAUAGAAAAAGAAAUUUUAAACAAAAAUUGUGAAAAUGUGGAAAUGAAUAAACGAGAAAUCAUAAAAACGGAUGAUGCUAAUAAGAAAAAUGAUAAAGAAGAUUAUAAUAAAUGUUUAAAAAAAAUAUACAAUAAAAACGAAGAUUUAAAUAUGAACAAAAGAGAAGUUUCAAGUAAUUCUAAAGAAUAUAAUGAAAAAUGUGAUAAUAGUAAUUUAAGCGAUUCUAUAUGUUCUAAUAAAUCAAAGGAAUCAGUGUCAGAAUCAACAUCAUCGGAAUAUUCAUCGUACUUUUCUUCAGAAUCUUCCUCAGUAUCUGAUUUUGAAGAUUAUUCUAUAUCCUCUUCAAUUUCUUCUGAUUCUUGUUCUUCCUUAUCAGAUGCAUCUGUUUUAAGUACAUUUUCCUCUUCACAUAAUUACAUAAAACCUGAAUUUGAAAAAGAUAUUAAUUUAAAAACUUUAGGUGAGCAAAAAAGUGAAAUAAGAAAUAACAUUUUAAGUCUUAACGGAGAUAAAAUUAACAAAAAAUACUUGAAUAAAAAAACUUUUUAUUUAACUGAUAUAUUUAAUGAAGAACCUAUAAAAUGUAAGUAUUUGCCCUCUCCCCCAAUAAUAAGUGAGGAAAAAGGGGUAGUUAUUGCAUGUCUAUUUGCAGAGUGGUAUUUUAUAUAUAAAAAUUAUUUAAAUAUUUUAAAAAUAAGUAUAUCAAAUUCCAUGUAUGAAGUUAUAAAACAACAACAUAAGUUAAAAUGUGUGAAAUUUUUUCAAAAAUUGUCAAAACUUGGAUUUUUAAAGAUGGAUGAGGCAAGUGAUCAAUUCUUUUCUCAUUCUAUUAACAUUUCAGUUAACAUAGCUUUGUAUAAUUUAGAAAAAGAUAACAUAGUUCAGUGUGAGUUAAUAAAAAGACAACAAAAGGAGGAAAAAAAAGAAAAAAAAAAAAUCAAUGAAAAUGAACAUAUUAGUGAACUACAAAAUAAGGACAACAAAAUAAAAGAAAAAGAAAAAGAAAACGAAGAGAAAAAAGAAGAAAUAAAUAAAAAUGAAAAAGAAAAUGAUGGAAGAAAUGAUCUAGGAGAAUCUACAUUUAAUAAAACAAACAAAUUAGAUAAUAAAAAAUUAAAUAAAAUUAAUAAUACCAAUAAAAAAGAAAAGGUAGCAAAUAUAGAAAACGACAAAAAAAAUGAUAGUAUAGAAGAAAAUAGUAAAAUGAUGGAAGGUAAAAACAUCAAUAAAGAAAAUGAAAAAGAUUAUAAAAUUAAGCAAGAUGAAAAUAAUGAAGUAAUUAGUUUUAAAGAAAAAACAGAAUUAAAAGAAACUAAAAAUUUUAAUGAAUUACUGAAUUAUAAUUAUAUUGAUUCAUGGUCGAAAAUGAUUAUAACUAUGCUGAAAUUAGUGGAUACUGAACAAAUAUCUCCAGUGGUUAUUUUGCAAAAAGUUUUAAAUAUAGUUUGUAGGGUUAUUCAUAAAAGAUGUGAAGUUGAAAAAAAGAAUUUUAAUCAAAGGCCAUAUUUUAGAUUGUUACAUUGCUUAUUAAUUCAUAUUAAUGAAGAUUGUGCACAUUCCAAUGACAUUUUAAUAUACCUAAAUUGCUUUGCUAAAUCUUUUUCCUUAUUAUCUCCUUUGAGAGUUCCUUCUUUUUGUUUUUCAUGGUUACAACUUAUAUCAUCUAAAUAUUUCAUGCCAAAAUUAUUAUCAAGUAUUUGCGGAUGGGGAACAUAUAAAAAUCUAUUAAUAGCAUUGUUCACUUUUUUGAAAUUCUUUUUAAAAAAACUACAUAUAUCCAAAGCAAUUGAAGCACUUUAUAUAGGAACGUUGAGAAUACUUCUUGUAUUAUUACAUGAUUUUCCUGAGUUUUUAUGUAGCUAUUAUGUUACUUUUUGUAAUUUGUUCCCUUUAAAUUGUAUUCAACUAAGAAAUCUUGUUCUAUCUGCAUUUCCUAGAAAUAUCAAACUUCCAGACCCAUUUUUGUCAGAUUUAAAAAUUGAUUUAUUGCAAGAAAUUAAACUAGUACCAAAAAUUCUCACAAAUAUAAUUUUUCCACUUUUCAAAAAUAAUCUUAAAGAUUUAAUAGAUGAAUAUUUCAAUAAAAAAGAUUAUUCUUUGCUUUUCCAAAUUAAAGAGAAGUUAUUAUUACCAAGGAAUAAAAUUUAUCAAUUUUUUGUAAAAUAUGAUAUAGUUGUUAUAAAUUCUUUGACUUUAUAUGUGGGAACUUGUAUUUGCAAAGCAAAAGUAAAUAAUUUAUUUAAGUUUAAUAAUAAUUGUGACCCAUUACUCUUAAGUAAGUAUGAAGGAGAUUCCAUAGAUGAUAAUGAAAAUAUUUUGCAAGAGAUAAUUUUAAAAAGAGAAGAAAAAAAUUCCACUAAAAAAAAUAUGAAUUUAUCAAAUCAAGAACAAAAUAACAAAGAAAAGGAAAAUAGAAAGUGCAAUGAAAUUAAUUUAUCAAAAAAGUAUGUGGAACUUAUGGAAGAUAAUAGUGAAAAUAAAUGUGUUUUAUCAAGUAAAUCUAAUAAUUCACACAAUAUACUAAAUAAUGAUGAUAAUAAUAAAAAAUCAAGAACAGUUACAGUCGUUAAAAAUAAUUUAGCUUACACAUUAUUUUUAUUUUUAACAAAAGAAUUAGAUAUGGAAGGUAGAUAUUUAUUAUUAUCAAAUAUAGUGAAUCAUAUUAGAUAUCCAAAUUCUCAUACUCAUUAUUUUUCUUGUCUUAUCUUGUUUUUAUUUUCUCAUUCAAAUGAUAUUAUUAUUCAAGAACAAAUAAUCAGAGUUUUGUUAGAAAGAAUUUUAGCACAUAGACCUCACCCAUGGGGAUUAUUAAUAACAUUUAUUGAAUUAAUAAAAAAUACCAAAUUUAACUUUUGGGAGUGUCCAUUUGUACAUGCUGCAACGGAGAUAAAAAAAUUAUUUCAAUCGGUUGCUCAAGCAUGCUUAGGGCGUGCU